AUGGCCAACAAGAACUCACAUCCACUCGUAUCAUACCAACCGUUCAGGCUUCUGUUCCAAUUGGCAUCCGUCGGAACGAUCGUCGUCCGUCUUCCCUUCUGGGCUGCGAUUGCACUCAUCCGACCUCUCAGGCCACACCCAAAAUGGACCGCCAAACAGACGUUCACGGUACACCUCAUGCAUGCGAUUAUUGGCAUGAGCUCGCGCAUCUCCAUCACACUGCCGCUCUCCAUAGAAGGCGGGAAAGAAGGGGACCGGUUCCAGGUCAUCAAGCCACGGUCCCCGGACCGAUAUAUAGGGCCACUGGAAUCCAACGACGUUAAGCCCGCGACCGUGGGGGGAACCUGGUACCCGGAUGUUCCCGCCGCAGACAUCGCUUCGAAACUAGUAGUCCUCUACCUCCACGGUGGCGCGUUCGUCCUCGGGGACGGCCGACCGGGGGAGACCGGGUUCGCGACCAAAAGCUGGCUCGAGCACGGCGGCGCCGACGCCGUCUUCGCGCUGCAAUACCGGCUCGCCGGCUACUCCAACCGCGACCCCUUCCCCGCAGCCCUGCAGGACACGCUGACGAGCUACCUGUUCCUGCUCGAGGACCUCCAGAUCCCGGCGCGGCAGAUCGUCGUCUCGGGGGACAGCGCCGGCGGGAACCUCGCCAUCGCGCUGCUGCGGUACCUCCACGAGUUUGGCGCCGAGCUCGGGAUCCCGGUGCCGAGGUGCGCGGCGCUGGUCUCGCCGUGGGUCACGCCGUUGACAUACGAUGCCCUGCCGCGCACGCCAAACUGGCGGACAGACUGGGUCCCGACGGCGUUUCUGAAAUGGGGCGCCAAUGCGUACGCCGGACGCUUCGCCGCCAACCCGAAAUCUGAAUAUCACCCGUAUAUCACGCCGCUAGGUAACCCGUUCCCCGCACCGGUGCCCAUCUUCGUCAAUGCUGGCGCGGCGGAGGUCUUUGCGCCGGAUAUCGCGCGCUGGGCGGAGGAGAUGGGAGAGCAGGAGGAGGAGGAGGAGGGGGGGAAUGUGGUGGAGCUGCACUAUGAAGAGGCGGCGUGCCAUGAUACGCUGAUGCUCGGCAAUGCGUUCGGGUUCGAGGAAAGCGCGUGGGGGGUCGCGGCGAAGAUGGGGGAGUUUGUUAGGAGGUAUUAG